AUGGUAACCGAGCAGAAGCCCGUCGGUUACAAUUGGCAUAUCGUCACGGAAGAUGAGCUCAACUAUGCUCCGCCCUACGUUCGCGAUGUUCCAGAAACCCCAACGGAGGUCGCGUCUGAUAUUUUCAAACAAAGGGUUGGCGCUGGCCGAUUCACGGUUCCCAUCUCAGAGGAUGAGUCCAAGCCCAAAGUGGUCAUUCAGCAUCUCUUUGAUGGGCUGGGGAUUGUGCACAAGUUUCGUAUCAUCAAUGGUCAGGUCUACUACAUGAGUCGAUACAACCAUGAGGGAAUUCUUCGAAGGGCGAAGAAGGAUGGGUACCUUGGAAGUUCCUUCAUGGGGCCCAACCCAAACACCCCUCUGUUCCAAGCCCAAGAUCCUUGUUCUGCCUUGCUAGGACCUCAGCAAAUCGUAUACUAUCCGAGUGAGAAUCCGGAACCGGACGAUUUCAGCGCCAGCGUGCAGCCACGCCGCGGUAUGCACCUCCCGAUCGAUCGCAACCCCAACUCGAGAGGAACUCAGGCAGAAGACCCGGCCACCCAAGAGAUUAUCGUUCACACCGACUGGAACGCGAUACAAAUCUGUGAUGCGAAGACUCUUGAACCGAAACGGUUGCUCACCCAUGCGACCAUCGACCCCGAGCUGUCCGGGAGCGGUUGUUGCGCGCAUCCCGUCCACGAUCGCAGGAGAGGGCAGACCUACAAUUACUUGAUCGACGCAGCCGGCGUCAUGUAUGUUUUCGCACUGGAUGUGGUGUCCAGGCCGGCGGCUCUCCUGUGGAAGUGUGCACUGCCAUGCAAGCCCUGUUACACGCAUGCUCUUGCGGCGACCGACAAGUAUGUUGUAUUUGUGAGAAACCCGGUCUCUAUAGACACGAGUGACCCCACCAAACCUAUAAUCGAAGCGAUGGUGUGUGAGCACGACUCCCCUGUAUUCUUCUACGUGGUGGACAAAGCUGAUGGCAAGCUUGUCGCAUCCUAUGAGGUGCCGAACUUCUACUUCUUCCACACUGCCAACGCCUACGACUAUGUAGAUCCUCAGACUGGAAACAUCAAUGUUCACGUCGAUAUCGCCAGCUACAAGGCGGACCACUAUCCGUACGCGGAGUACGCCAUCUCAAACAUCCUCUCGCCUCUCAAGCCAUAUCAAGUCGGCAGGCUUGUCCGAUACGAAUUGGCAGCCGUGAACACGAGAGAUCCGUAUGUUGUCGCCCGCGGUACUGUCAAGACCGCGAUCCCCGACAUGGCGGCCGAGCUCCCACGCAUCUCCAAACCCGCCUCGACGGACCCGAAUUAUCGUUACGUGUACGGUGUCUCGGGGAAUGGAAUAUCCGCUCCAGGCACUCAGGUACCCAUCGGCCGUCUCGGUAACGGCGUAGGAAUAACCCACGCAUCAUUCUACGGCCACCUCUUCAAAUCGGAUUGGCAGACGGGCACGUUCAAAGCCUGGAUUCCAGAACAUGGGGAAAGCUGUCCCACGGAGCCCAUAUUUAUUCAGCGCCCUGGUGCGACCGAGGAGGAUGAUGGGAUCGUGAUCACCAUCACCAUCAACAAAGAGGGAACAAAUAGCAUUCUCGUUGCGCUGGAUGGCAAAACAUUCAAGGAAGUGGCAAGGGCGGAUAUGCCGCAGGUGUAUGGGCUUGGGCCGCAUGGUACAUUCAUCGAAGGUGAUUUUGGCCUGUAG